GUCAUUCUCACUGCAGAAAGAUGGCAGCUCGGGCACCGGUUGCUGCAUCAGGCCGCCUCUUAGAUGGUUUGCGGAAAUGGUAUUAUAAUAUUGCUGGAUUCAACAAACUCGGUUUAAUGAGAGAUGACACCAUUUAUGAAGAUGAUGACGUGAAAGAGGCAAUACGGAGGCUGCCACCUAGAGUUUAUGAUGACAGACUUUUUCGUAUCAAGAGGGCUCUGGACGUUAGCCUCAGACAGCAGCACCUCCCAAAACAACAGUGGACUAAAUAUGAAGAGGAUGUUCGCUAUCUUGAACCAUAUCUGAAAGAAGUGAUUCGUGAAAGAAAAGAAAAAGAAGAAUGGCAAAAGAAAUGAGCUGUAAAUGCUGUUUUCUCUUCUGGGAAAGUUUAUGUAAAUGUCUUUCUAUUCAAACAGAGCACGUCCUUAUGUACUCGUGGGACUCGCCAAUAAAUACACCUUCAGCA